AUGACCAUCCCAGAAUACAUCUUCAUCCCUUGCUACCAGUCUACUGGAACUGUUGUGGUUUCAGAGCAGAGUACCGUUAUGCAAGAUGUCAGCUGCCUGAGCCACAGUCAAAGCAGCCACUUGCAAGCAGCACAAGAGCAAUCAUCCGAUUCAGUCCGAUGCGAUUUGUCUUGCUGCCGCUGGGAAGAGCAAUCCUCUUGCCAAAGACGACGAAGCACUGAUCCCCCCAGCCGCCCCAUUCGAGGUGCCAACAAGAACAGCAACUGCCAAACAAGCCGAAAAGGAAAAGAUGCCCGUCCUUGCCGUCCCAGUCGAACGCCUUCCUUCUGUGUCAGCAAGGCACAGCAGGCAGCCACAGCGUCCUCCAUGACAUCUGCAGCUAUCUUGGCAAAGCACUCCUCAAACCACUCUUCAUCUACUGCAUGUACUAGCAACUCUGUGCCAAGAGCACGAGCAGCAUAA